AUGAGCCAAACAUACAUGCAGUCUAAGCCUGAUAUCUCUGUCAAAGCCGAAGAGGAUGAGUCAAGUACUCACUUUGCCGUGCAUUGGAGCGAACCAGAAGAUGAGGAUCCCGAAAAUCCAAUGACCUGGUCAUCUCUGGUGAAAUGGACUCAUAUCCUAACGAUCUCGGUCAUCAGCUUCUUGGUGCCGCUUGUGUCCGCAAUGCUCGCGCCGGCUGUUCCCCUCAUAAUGGCAGAGUUCAAAACCAACUCUGACACGUUCGCUACCUUUGUGGUAUCAAUCUUCGUAUUAGGCUUUGCAUGUGGAACACUUUUCUUGUCUCCGUUAAAGAAGAGGGGGAAAGCUGCAUCAAUUUGGUCUGUCGGCACCAUCCUCGGACCAACAACGGGACCCAUCAUUGGAGGCUAUAUCACGGAGGCCGCCGGCUGGAGAUGGAUGUUCUGGGCAAUCUCCAUCGUUAUUGCCGUUGUCAGCAUAUUCAUGUUUCUCGUAUUGAAGGAAACUUAUCCACCCAUCUUACUAGAGAGGAAGGCUGCCAGACUGCGUAAGGAGACGGGAAACCCUAACUUCCGUUCGUCUCUCGCGCCAGACUAUACUCCGAGCGAGCUGUUCCGUCGAAGCAUUGUUCGGCCGCCAAAGCUGCUCCUUACUUGUCCGAUGAUCACCGUCAUAUGCACCUACGUCGCAACCCUCUACGGGACGCUUUACCUGCUCUAUGCGACGUAUUCCUUUGUUUUCACCGAGGUCUAUAACUUCUCAACGGUAGCUGAUGGCCUUGUAUUCCUUCCUGGAGGAAUCGGCACACUAUUAGGGGCUUAUUACAUCGGUAUACUCAGCGAUAGAACAAUUAGAAAGCGCGUCGCUGAAGGGAAGACUCCAACGCCUGAGGAUCGGCUUGCCUUCAUAAUCACGGUUCCUGGGGGACUGACAUUUCCCGCUGGCCUAUUCAUUUAUGGCUGGUGCGUCGAAUAUCGUGUCCACUGGAUCGUCCCCCAGAUGGGCACAGCCAUCACCGGCUUCGGGUCAAUCCUGAUCUUCACGGGUAUCCAGACGUAUCUCAUUGAUACGUUCGAGCGAUACGCGGCCACGGACUGA